AUGGCCUGGGUCUGCAGAACAGACUUGCUCUGGCUUACCACUUCGCGGGAGCUCGCCUAUUUUACCAAGUGCAGGUACUGGGCCAUCCCCAAGGGCUCGGCCAAAGAUGGCGUGGGAAAGCCUAGGAACAUUGAGGGGGGCAAUAACCGAGACUUUGUCAAAGGGAUGAAAGAGAUGGGAAAGAACUGCAUAAUAUUCUUCGGCUCGCAGACGGGCACUGCCGAGAGCUAUGCGUCUCGCCUAGCAAAGGAAGGAAAGACAAGAUUUGGGCUUGAAACACUGGUUGCCGACCUUGAGCAUUACGACUUUGACAAUCUCGACUCCAUCCCCCGCGAGAGCGUCGUCAUAUUCGUUCUAGCAACCUAUGGAGAAGGCGAGCCCACAGAUAACGCCGUCGGAUUCCACGAAUACAUCUCUGGUGAGCUCGGCGGCGGCCCUCGGCUUGACAAUCUCAGAUACGUUGCAUUCGGCCUGGGCAACAGCACGUACGAACACUACAAUUCUAUGAUCCGCAAUGUAACCCAAAGGCUUGAUGGCCAGGGAGCCAAGAGGAUCGGCAGCGUUGGCGAAGGCGAUGAUGGGGGAGGCACCAUGGAGGAGGAUUUUCUUGCGUGGAAGGAUACCAUGUGGGCGGCUCUGUCGGCCGAUAUGGGCUUGCAGGAGCACGAGGGAACAUACGAGCCAGCUUUCAGCGUCACCAAGCGUGCUGACCUGAACCGCGAGUCUGACGAGUUGUACCUCGGGGAACCGAAUCAGAGAUAUCUUGGCGACUAUGAAGGCCCGUUUGACGCACACAAUCCCUACAUUGCCCCCGUCGUCGAGUCUCGAGAGCUGUUCUCAGGUCUGGCACACGAUAGGCACUGUAUUCACAUGGAGAUCGACAUCGGCGGUACGAAUCUUUCCUACAAGACCGGCGACCAUCUCGCCAUCUGGCCAACAAAUCCAAACGACGAAGUCAACCGCCUCAUGAGGAUUCUGGGCUUGGAGGAGACCAGACACAGCGUCAUCGGAGUUGUACCACUCGAAUCGACCGCAAAAGUGCCUUUCCCAUCGCCAACGACGUACGACGCCAUCGCCCGCUACUACCUGGAGAUUUGCGCCCCGGUAUCUCGCCAGUUGGUCUCCGACCUUGCGCCGUUCUCUCCCAACGACGAAGUCAAGAACGAGAUGACAAGGCUUGGAUCAGACAAGGAGUAUUUCCAUGAGCAGACACGCUUCUUGAAUCUCGCCCGCCUCCUCAUGCGCGUCAGCAGAGGAGUCACAUGGGACAAGAUCCCCUUCUCCAUGUUGAUCGAGGGCUUGACGAGGUUACAACCACGCUACUAUUCCAUCUCCUCGUCUUCACUCGCCCACCCAAAGCGGGUCUCAAUCACCGUGGCAGUCAAGACAGAUGUCACAAGUGAACGAGGCACGCAUGACCCCUUCUGUGGGGUUGCUUCUAACUACCUCUUCGCGUUGAAGAGGAAGCAGAACAACGACGAUCCAAGUGACGACGUCGGCCACCCAACAUACGACGUAACGGGCCCUCGAAACAAAUUCGAGGGGAUCCGCGCCCCCAUUCACAUUCGCCAUUCUAACUUCUCUUUGCCUUCCGAUCCUGCAACACCUAUCAUCAUGGUCGGACCCGGAACAGGGGUCGCGCCGUUCCGAGGCUUUGUCCAAGAACGAACAAGACAAUUCCAAGAGGGAGUAAGCAUCGGACACGUACUGCUGUUCUUUGGCUGCCGCAGACGGACAGAGGAUUUCUUGUACGAAUCUGAAUGGAAGGAGCAUCAAGGAGUUCUGGGAGACAAGUUUCAGCUCGUGACAGCCAUGUCCAGGGAAGGCUCGCAGAAGUGCUAUGUUCAGCAUCGGCUUCGAGAGUCAGCAGAAGACGUUUACAGAUUACUGCAACGGGGCGCUUUCUUCUACGUUUGUGGGGAUGCCGCCAACAUGGCUCCAGAGGUUCGGGCUGCCUUGGCUCAAAUCAUAGCCCAGCAAAGAAAGAUCUCAGUGGUUGAAGCAGAGAACGCUGUAAGCGAUAUGAGAGCCACAGGGCGUUACCAGGAGGAUGUAUGGGCAUGAGACAAGAAUUGGAGCGCGACUUUGCCCUCCCCUCAGUGCAAGACACACCCUCGGGGCAGAUUGUAUGCACGUUGUCUGAGGUAGCAUUUAGAUAGAGUUAAUCCAGCUGCUUGUCAAUUCAAAC